AUGGUCCCGCCGCUUGUCAGCACCCGACGGAACGACAUAAAGAUGGAAGAAUCAGAGUCAGGCGAGGAGCCCGUUGCCGGCAUGGUUAUUAGCGUCAUUCUUGCCAUGAUCUCUCUGGUUAUCAUCUCCAGUUUUCUGAUGGUUUUCGCCAUCUACGCCGAUUCCUUUUUGUUUGUGUUUGCUACUGCCAUACUCCAAUUUGGCUUCGGUGUUGAUAGCUCGGCGUCCAUCUGCGAGUCGGCUAUUUUACUUUGUCUGGCCUGCUACGUCACAACAAAGUUUAUCAUCCGAUCUGGAUGCAAGAAACUCCGGAUACACUCCAAGCUCUAUCUUUUCAACACCAUUGUGGUACUUGGCGCUUACUGCGUUGUUGUGGUCCUCAAUUUCAUUUAUCGUAUCACAAAGAUAGAACACAAACAGUGCAUAAUCGGAAUGGAGAGAUAUGCCAUGAUUCCACUCAUUGUCUACGACCUGCUCGUCAAUCUCUCAGCAAACUCGGGGAAACAGAAGACUGAAGCUGGUGGCCAUGCGGACCCUUAUUGGUUGCAUCUGCACACUCACCAGCAGCGUCGUCAACCUAUCAGUGCUCAUGGGUUUGAAUGGCGAACCUGGAUGGUCUUAUUCAGCGCCAUCGUCAUCCAAUGGGUAACUUCACGGGACAGCAUCGCUUCGAACAACAACAUCGACUCUCAGACCAUGUCGCAACAAAGACACAGUAACCACGGCGAGGAUGUCUACGGUCUCCGAAGAUCACGACAACAGGCCAACGGGGUGAUGCUAGAGCAGAAGAACAACUCAUCGGCAAAGCGUGCCAGUAUCAACAGUAGCAGCCUUUCACCAAGGCCCACCCCAAGCACCAAGCCCAUAGCAGACGAUAUAGGGGAAAUUGCCCUAGACAGCACGGAUCCGAUGGAGUUGAACGACACAUUGUCAAGCAACAACGCCAACAACCCCUUCAACGAAGACAACCUGAAGCGAUCCGCAACCGACGACUCAGACGAGAUACGCAUGAUAUCACUGAGUCCCAGGAAGAGGGGUACCAGUGACUCGAUAUCACCGCUAGUGCCCACCACCCAGAUCUCCCCGACAGAGGUGCGCAUCGACGUUGACUACGGAUCCAGCCUCACCCAAGCCAGCGAGGCGGAAGGGGUCAAGCUGGGAAACUGCGUCGUGAUUGCAACAGGUGGCCGCAGUGACGGAUGGAGGCGCGGAAGGAGUUCGUCGCGAAGAUACGAAGAUAGCAGUGACCCUUAG